CAUUAGCCUCUUUGUUUUCUUGUUUCUCCCUAUUACCAUUUUUUUUUGUUUUCCAUUCAUAAACAAAAUGGCAUCGACCUCGAUCUCUCACUCGGGCAGCAGCAGCAAAUGGUCUGCCCAAGAAAACAAGGCCUUCGAGAGGGCUUUGGCCGUUUAUGACAAAGAUACCCCUGACCGUUGGGCCAACGUUGCCCGAGCCAUUGGGGGCCGGACACCAGAGGAGGUGAAGAGGCAUUAUGACAUCCUUGUUGAGGAUAUCAAAUAUAUUGAGAGUGGGAAAGUCCCAUUCCCAAACUACCGGACCACGAGAUAAACAAAUUUUUAAGGUAAUUAAUAUGAAGAGAUUAAAUAAAAGAUGGAAGAAGGCAACCUAUCUAAUUGAAGCAAUUAUAUAUACGUAUUUAGUUUUAUUUUUUUUGUAGGAGUACUAUUUAAGAAUCAUACAGUAUUAGAUGGUGAUUCGCUCAUGUUGGACGAAAGUUGUCCCUAUAAAUAAAUAUUGUAUGUGACGUGGCAUUAUCAAACUAUGUACCGAUGGUAUUUUUGAAGGAAAAAUUUACAAUAAAAUGUACUACUUGCUAGUAUUA